AAGCUUCUCAGUUGGCCGCUGGCGUUUAAGAGUGAAGGAUUGAUUUGCAUUAGAUGAUAAGCUGCAGCUGGGAAAAAGUAGCACUUCUGAAGUCAACAUGCCAGGAUUAUUAUAAAGAGGAUUUAUACAAAAACAAACAAGAAGGGUUGUUUCUGGAUAUGACGGUAUUUUUACAGGCUGCGCUGCAAGUGCCAGAACACGAGUCUGCUGCCUUCUUUAUCCUGAACUAGAUGCUUCACGUGAAAUGCAUUCAUCGUGUUCCCGUGGGACUUUAUAUUGAAAUCCUGGAGCGACUAAUGCCUACUGAAUAUGUUUGAAGACUCUGUGCUUAAGAGGAUUAUGAAGUUAUAACAAUGUUAUUACCGUGACUAGACAUUUGCUCUAUUUCCUUUGUAGCAACAUUGCACUUUACUCUUCCUACUCUCUUUACUGCUGCUAAAAAUAAAAGGAACAAUGUAAUGGAAGGAAAUUCUGGGUACCCCUUUACCCUUGAGAGGAUAUGAGCCAUUGAGCCAUCGAGGUCUUCAGCACGAAGACAAAGCCCAUCCAGCUGGAAUUUCGGCAGGGUUGAAAGACACCUUGAGAAGCAUGCAGUCAGAUGAUUUGUUUGCUAGAAAGUUCAAGAUGUUGAAUGGCAAUAUGGGACCUCCCAACAUGCCAGGGAAAUUUGAAAGUAGCGGCAAAACAAAUGGCACGCCGGCGAUGCCGAAAAUGGGGGUGCGGGCCCGAGUGUCCGAAUGGCCUCCAAAGAAGGAUGGUUGGGAUAGCAGGCCUCCUCCAAACUAUGAGAGCUUGAUGAUGGGUUUCCAAAAUGGACAGAUUAACCAAAGCAUUGAUAUGUUAGGUGAACGAGGCAGAGAUGUGUCUGUGGACUUGGAGUUUGCAGAGACCAAAUACUCUUUAAGUGAUAUUUUAAGCAGAUCCCCACUGAAGGGUCUUCAUCCCAUCAGGCAAAGAAGCAAUAGUGAUGUCACCAUCAGUGAUAUCGAUGCCGAGGAUAUUCUAGACCAGAAUGCUGUGAACCCAAACACAGGGGCCUCUCUUCACAGGGAGUAUGGGAGCACAUCUUCAAUUGACAGGCAGGGUUUAUCAGGAGAGAGUUUUUUUGCCAUGUUGAGGGGCUAUCGGAUCGACACUUUGGAGCACCGCAGUAUACCACCACUGGGCUUUCCUGAACUUCUACGCUAUAGCUCUUCUCUUUCUCCAAGCUUGCAGACCGCGGCACAGAUUUCCAGAGGUGAAAUUGUGGCCAUCUCCGGAUUUGAUUAUGUUGAUAAUUCACUUUUCUACAGCAGGGAAAGCGACAAGUCUUUUAAGCGGAGAUUAAAGUCGGAGUCGGUCGAGACAUCGCUGUUUAGGAAGCUACGGACACUGAAAAGCGAACCCGAAGGUCUGCGAUAUUCAAUGGAGCAGGAUGAUGGCAAAUUGGAAAAGUACGGCAAGCCUCUCAGCUUUCAGAAAUGUUUUGCACACUAUGAUGUACAGAGUAUCUUGUUCAACAUUAGCGAUGCAAUGGCUAACCGGGUGAAUUUAGGGAAAAGGAAAAAUACAACAACGGGCGCUUCGGCUGCAUCUCAAUAUCAGAUUUCGGGGAGCACACCAGGAUCUUGCGAGUCCCCUUUAGGGAGUCGAGAGGAUCUGAACUCAAAGGAGAACCUGGAUGCCGAUGAAGGAGAUGGUAAAAGUAACGGCCUGGUCCUAAGCUGCCCAUAUUUUAGGAAUGAAAUUGGAGGUGAAGGGGAGAGGAGGAUUUCGUUAUCCAGAGCCAACUCUUCAUCGAACAGUGCUGGUGAAAGCUGCUCUUUUGAGUCCUCCCUCAGCUCUCAUUGUACAAAUGCUGGAGUAUCCGUGUUGGAGGUGCCCAGAGAAAACCAGCCAAUUCAUCGUGAAAAAGUGAAACGCUACAUUAUUGAGCACAUCGACCUCGGAGCUUAUUACUAUCACAAGUACUUCUAUGGCAGAGAACAUCAAAAUUACUUUGGAGUGGAUGAAAACCUGGGACCUGUUGCUGUUAGCAUUAGAAGAGAGAAGUUAGAUGAUGGCAAGGAGAAGGAUGGAAUGCAGUACAAUUACCGCGUCGCCUUCCGGACUAGUGAGCUUACUACUCUGAGGGGAGCCAUACUGGAGGAUGCUGUACCGUCCACCGCCAGACAUGGUACAGCGCGGGGCCUGCCUCUUAAAGAGGUCCUAGAGUACGCAAUACCAGAGCUGAACAUCCAGUGCCUGAGGCUGGCUUCAAACUCACCCAAAGUUCCUGAACAACUGCUGAAACUGGACGAGCAAGGGCUGAGCUUUCAACACAAGGUUGGCAUCCUUUAUUGCAAAGCCGGUCAGAGCACAGAAGAGGAGAUGUACAACAACGAGAUGGCCAGUCCAGUCUUUGAUGAAUUCCUCGAUUUGCUGGGCCAGAGGGUGCGACUGAAGGGAUUCAACAAGUACAGAGCUCAGCUGGAUAACAAAACUGAUUCAACCGGAACACAUUCGCUCUACACCACCUAUAAAGACUACGAGCUCAUGUUUCAUGUGUCCACGCUACUUCCAUAUACUCCGAACAACAGGCAGCAGCUCUUAAGGAAGAGGCAUAUUGGAAAUGACAUCGUCACCAUAGUCUUUCAAGAACCCGGAGCCUUGCCUUUCACUCCUAAAAACAUCCGCUCUCACUUUCAGCAUGUGUUUGUAAUCGUCAAAGUGCACAACCCUUGUUCCGAAAAUGUCUGCUACAGUGUUGCGGUUUCAAGAUCAAAGGACGUGCCACCGUUUGGGCCCCCCAUUCCAAAAGGAGUAACCUUUCCCAAGUCUGCUGUUUUCAGGGACUUCUUGUUAGCCAAAGUUAUCAACGGAGAAAAUGCUGCACAUAAGUCUGAGAAAUUCAGGGCAAUGGCUACAAGGACAAGGCAGGAGUACUUGAAGGACUUGGCUGAAAAUUUUGUCACAACGGCUACCGUGGAUUCUACAGUAAAGUUUAGUUUUAUCACACUGGGCUCAAAGAAAAAAGAAAAAACGAAAGCUAGAAAGGACGCUCAUUUGUACAGCAUCGGAGCCAUUACUUGGAAUGUUAUUGUUCGGGAUUUUGGACAGUCGACAGAUAUCGAGUGUCUUCUUGGCAUUUCAAAUGAGUUCAUUGUACUGAUCGAGCAGGAAUCCAGGAAUGUUGUGUUCAACUGCUCGUGCCGGGAUGUUAUUGGCUGGACGUCUGGAGUUAUGAGUAUAAAGAUCUUUUAUGAAAGAGGAGAGUGUUUGGUACUCUCAGCUGUGGAUAAUUGUGGUGAAGACGUUAAGGAAAUUGUGCAGCGACUUGAGAUUGUAACCAGGGGGUGUGAAACCCUAGAAAUGACCCUGAGGAGGAAUGGGUUGGGACAGCUUGGUUUCCAUGUGAACUUUGAAGGGAUUGUGGCAGACGUGGAACCCUUUGGCUACGCGUGGAAGUCAGGCCUGAGGCAAGGGAGCCGUCUAGUCGAGAUCUGCAAAGUAGCCGUUGCCACGCUGACCCACGAACAGAUGAUUGACCUUUUGCGGACAUCUGUGACAGUGAAGGUGGUGAUUAUCCAGCCCCAUGAGGAUGGCUCCCCCAGAAGAGGCUGCUCAGAGCUCUAUCGAAUACCAAUGGUUGAGUACAAGCUUGACAGCGAAGGCACGCCUUGUGAAUACAAAACUCCUUUCAGGAGGAACACAACCUGGCAUCGUGUCCCCACUCCUGCUGGCCAGCCUGUUUCACGUGCCUCCCCAAUUCAAGGACCAGCUGACAGGAUGCAGUGCCAGCAGCUACUUGAUCAGACCCAAGUGGCCAUUCCCCGCAGCACGUCCUUUGAUAGAAAGCUGCCAGACGGAAUGAGGCAACUCCAAGAUGUUGAAAGCCACCAGAUACCUCAGUGCAAUAGAAAUGAAGGCAACCAGCAUUACAGGAGCUCUCCAAGCAACCAGUCCUCGUCCAGUGACCCUGGGCCUAGUGGAAGCGGCACCUGGACACAGCAGGCAGGAUUGGAAGGGUGCCAGUCUCCUGUGUCUCAUGAUCAUCCUGGGAGUCUGUCCAGUCCCUUGGGAGAUGGGGAUACAUCCAGGGAGCGAGAGGGAACAUUGGAAAGGAGCAGAUCUACAGAAGCCAAGUGGCACAUCCCAUCUACCAAGAUAUUGAACUCUUUGAAAGACAGAGGACCAAAGGAGAAUGGGGGCAAGGACUCUCCAAACAAACUCACACAUAAUGGUGAUAAAAACUGUUCGAGCCAUUCCAGCAGUAAUACAUUGUCCAGCAAUGCAUCAAGCAACAGUGACGACAAGCACUUUGGCUCUGGAGACCUCAUGGAUCCAGAAAUGCUUGGGUUAACUUACAUUAAGGGUGCCUCUACAGACAGCGGAAUUGACACCACGCCGUGCAUGCCUGUCAGUGUAGUGCAGCUGUCCAGCAGCAGGUCCAUUCUGCAGAGCCGGGCCGAGCAGAUGAUACAGUGGGCUGACCAACAGGACGCUGGGCCCGAAGAGGAAUCUGCCAAACUGUAUGCAAUUCAAAACUACACGUCAGCCAUCACGUCCAGCCACAACACUGACGGAAGUACCGGAGACCUCAGUGAAAUUUCGUCACACUCCAGUGGCUCACAUCACUCUGGAAGUCCCUCUUCACGGAGUAUGAAGAACAGCAGCUCCCUGGAUACGUCUAAAGUAUACAUAGUUUCUCAGAACACUGGACAGCAAAUCAUUGGUGCAGACCCAAGGGUUUUUAUUCGGCAGAAUGCUGUUGGCAAGUAUUUGAUUGGCUGGAAGAAAAGUGAUGGCAGCCCACCACCUGAAGAGCUUAACAUUGUCGAAUGUGGAAGGAAUGUUUAUGGCGAGUCAGAUAUAUCGACCUCCAGUCGACAAGUGGACGCCAUAGUAGACUGUAAGCAUCCGCUGGCCUUUUCCAAGGAAGACUUUCUGAAGCUGAUGAUGCCUGACAGCCUACUUGUGGAUGAAAGCAACAGAAAGCUAUCUGUUGGAGAGAACCUUUCACCGAGGAGGUCACUGUACCGCACCCUGUCUGACGAGAGCAUAUGCAGCAACAGAAAAGGUUCCUCCUAUGCCAGCUCCCGGAGUUCGAUACUCGAUCAGGCUCUGCCAAACGACAUUUUGUUUAGCACUACGCCACCUUACCAUAGCACUCUGCCACCUCGAAUGUCCGUUAACUCGUGCCCAUCAAACUUGAGAAGUGAGUUCUGGUUCUCUGACGGCUCUCUUGCUGACAAGUCCAAGUUUACUGAUCCAGGCCUCAUGCCCCUUCCAGACACGGCCACUGGCUUGGACUGGUCCCACCUCGUUGAUGCUGCACGUGCAUUUGAAGACCUGUCAUAUGCUCUCUUUCUGGAAGGUCUUGACUUAGAUGAGGAUCCUGGCCCAGUCUGUCACCACAGUGCUUUUCUAGACCAGAGAGUGGCAUCCUUUUGCACACUGAAUGAUAUGCAACAGGCCCGAGCCUUGGAGAUUUCACAGAAAUUGUCCCAACAAAUUGCCGAAUCAGCAGGGAAGCACCUUAAUGAGACUGGGGAAAGUUCUCCUGCAACACUUACUGGCAAAGUAAAUCAGCUGGAAGUAAUUCUCAGGCAGCUACAGUAUGAUCUGAAAAAGGAGAAAGAAGACAAAGAGAUCCUUCAAGUCGAGGUGCAACAUUUGAGGCAGGACAACAUGCGCCUUCAGGAGGAGUCCCAGACGGCGGCCGCGCAGCUGAGAAAAUUUACCGAGUGGUUUUUUCAGACGAUUGACAAGAAACCUUAACAUUCAUUUUGCUCAACUGAACUUGCGACAGUCAAACGCCCUGACCCAUUCAUUCAAUAGUGGAAUGUAACGCAAGGCCGUACCGUAGGGAGUAGAUGUAGCUAGAAACCUGCUUCUGGCCGCGUUCAGCUGGAGCCAGCCGUGGCGCUAGUCGAAGAGAACUGACUCGUAUUUAUGGAAACGAUCACUAUGGGAAUGUAAUUAAAACAGAUGAAUUUAGUUUGUGCUCCUGACGGAAGAACUGUAUAUAAAUUAUAUAAAUGAAUGUAACUUAUGGUGUCAUUUCUGACCAUUUUAACAAAGGCAAAUUUUGGUGCUCUCCGUGAUUUAACAGCAAGGUCGAAAUCCUUUAAUAAUUUUAUCUGUUCAAAUAUUAACCAGCCUCUCUCCUGGCAUUCUGAGCAUUGUAAAAUAUUCUAGCCAAGCAGUAACUUUGAUGUUUUAAAGGUGCUCUAUUUUUUUGUAAGUAGCUUCUUUUCACGGUCACAGUGUAAUAGCAAUAAGAGGGUAGCGUCAGUAGUCACAAAACUGUGUUUACAGGUUAGCACUAAUGUGAUAUACGCGUGGAAAUGCCGUUGUUUUAAAAACAAAAAAAAAUUUUUUAUUUAUUUGCAGGAGCAAAUGGUGCCUGAUAUGCGUAAGGAUUGGAUUACCUUCUGUUUUGUUUCUCGAUCACAUGCCUUGUACGCGGCUCACGCGCCGAGCAUAUGCCCACCUACUCUUUUAUUUCUUUUGUAAAGUUUACCUGCAACUGAGCAGUUCAUACACGGGACGUGAGCCAGCGCGGUCAUACGUACAGUUGCCAAACUUGUUAAUCUUUGUACAGAACCUCUGACGAAGUGUCUUGUAUUUAACACCAUUAUUUAAGCUUAUUUAACCGCAAUUUUUUUUUUUUUUUAUUAUUAUUAUUUUAUUAAGAUUUGUUUUGGUUUGUUUAUCUGCACUAUGAAAAUUACAUCUCUGUAGCUUGUCAGGGCUAUACUGAUGACUUCUAGAAACUCCAACAUUUGGAUGCUGCUAGUACACAGUUCAUUGGUUUGUAUGCUUUUUUCCAAUGUCUUUCUUUUGUUUCUCUUUCAUUGAAGAUGGGACAUAUGUUUGCUUUUUUUAAAAUAAAUGUACAGUAGGACAUAAA